AUGUCUUCAAGCACGUCUCCUUUGACAAUUGGUGUGCUGGGUCCUUCAGGCAUGAGCGGAUCCCAUAUCACCCUUGAACUGAUCUCUCGGGGGCACAAAGUCAUCGGCCUUUCACGCAAUCCCUCCAAACUUGGGACGCAUUCACGUUACGAACCUCGAACUAUUGACCUCGAAAAUGGUACUGUGGACGAGAUAUCAAAGACGCUCACAGAUCUGGACGUCCUGGUAUGCGCCUACGGCCCUCAUACCAGCGGUCUCGCGGCCUUGAAGUAUGUCCCAUUCCUCGAGACACUCCGCAAGAUCGUCCUGGCGUCUCGAGCUGCGAAAGUCUCGUAUUUUAUCAUGCUAGGGGGCUGCGGUAGCCUCUAUCUCCCAGGCACAGAGACACGCAUCUGCGCCGUCGACAGCCCAACCUUUUGGCUCGCAUACUGGCGCCACAUCGCCUCGUCACCUGCACACAUCUCCUACAUGGAAUCACGGUUCGGCAGUGCUUUGACCGACGGUGUGCGCGCGUACGCCAGUGCCCGUCAGGCGUUGAAGGAAGGCCGUGAUACGCCCGAGGCACGAUUCGUCCGCAAAACGCACGAAGAGAACAUUGCACUAGGUGAAGGGGGCGCCAAACCGCUCAUCACGGCGUGCAGGACCAGUUUCAUGUUCUUUGACGGCAACACGAGUUUCGACUGGACCUUCAUGUCGCCUCCUGCCAUGUAUCGCUCCGGUGGGAAAACAUCGAAGUAUGAAGUCCAGGUCGACUUCCUCCCGGUCAAGGGCGACCCGAACGACGGAGCAGAGUUGAAUGGCCGGUUCGAAGGUAUUUCGACCUUUGACCUCGCGAUAGCAAUUGCGGACGAGGCCGAAACGCGGAGAAUGAAGGGAAAGCAUUGGACGGCUUGGGCAGAGAUUGACAAUGAGAAGCCCGCCACGGCACCAUAUAUCGAUUUGAGCCACGGGACGAUUUCCCCUUAG